GUCAUGCAGUGUAAGUCAUGUAUUAUAGUAACACUUUUAGUUGACUGUGGCAUCAGCUUCUCACAGGAUGUCAUCUCCUCUCCUUAUGUUGACAUUGUCCCUCUCUGUUAGGAGAUUCACCUGAGAUUCAGUCAAGGCUCCAUGGAGGAGUACCUGCUGGAGAGGGAGCAUGCUCUAGCAGUGGUUCUACCAGGAGGCCUGGAGAAAACGGCCCAGAUACAUGGGAGUAAACCUGUGAUGGACAUACUGGUCACACUCUGUGCCCUGAACCACCUGAAUCCAUCGGAGUUCACCAUAGAACUCCAGAAACCAAAUCUCCUUCAAUCCCAGCUCUCUGAUUGGAGCCAUGGAGCCUCACAGGAUCCUACUGAAACCUAAAGGGGGAGAGGAGAAGGAGGCUGUACGUG